AUGGCAUACUCUCCCGAGAGGCUCGCGCGAGCCCAGCAAUUGUUUAACAGCAGAACAAGCGACUUCUACGCACUGCCACAUCUUGCUGGCCCAUAUCACUUGCGAGAGCGUGCCACCAAGCGUACCUCUGUUGUUGCGUCGUGGCAUGAUAACGAUGAAGAUGAAGACUACCAACCUUCGACUAAGCGAACACCGAGCAAGCGCAAGCUAUCGCUUUUCCAUGAGGAUGACCAAUCCCCUCGGUCCGAGAACAAGGCCAGGAGCCUAUCUCUGACUUCGAUGCUCCGUUCUAGAUUGAGCCCAGACAUAGGAGAAGAAGAUGAUGCCCCCCCUUCGACACCCUCCCAACACAGUGAGCCCGACAGCUGGGACAGAUACUGGGCCGUCAAUCCCGAGACAGACACACCGAAUUCACGAUACAGCCUUCGACGCCGCAACAAAGAAUCGCUGUCAGCGUCACCACAAAAGAAAGACAAAACCAAGGCUGAGGCAUCGGCAUCAAGAUCGACUGGGGAUGUCCUGCCUGCUGAUAACGACCUUCCGGUGAGAGAGUGCGCUGCCUGUCAGGAGCUAGGCAUGGAAUGCUCGCUUGUGUCUGACCCUGAUCCGUACUCCUAUCCUUGCACGACAUGCGAAGUGGAUGAUGUCUUUUGCGUUGUGAGCCCUCCACCCAAAUGGAAACGAUCAUGCGAGCUUUGCAAAGGUCGGAAGAAAGAGCUUUGCUCAUAUCGCUUUGCUGAUUACGAUCAUUCCCAACCUUGUCUCUCAUGCCGAAAUCAUGGGUUCGAAUGUGUUGCUGGACCAGCUAGACACCCACCCUUUGCACUCUUUUCCACGAGCGAACCAAGCGAGCCCAGCAGUUCCCCAAAUUUUGAUUCUCCUGCAGCCUCCGACUCACCCCGUGGCUCCCCACAGCUCGAAGACCCUGAGGUAUCCGAGCCGAGUGAGCAAAUCAGUUCCCCGAAGGUCGAUUCUUCAGCAAGUUCCACCUCACCACAUUCCAAGCCGCAAAUUGACGUCGACGAGGUAUCUGAACCGAGUGAGCAACUUAGUUCUCCAGUCGUCCAUUCACCAAAGACCCAGACUCCAGAGACAAAUCCCAGAAAGAGCAAUUCUUGGGAGGUCUCAUCUCCCUCAUUUAGUAACGCAAAGCCCUCCCUUGCUGAUGGACUGAAGCCACAUGAGGUGAUUGAAAUCACUGAUUCAGACGACAUCCUGAAGAAGCCGAAUUCACCAAUUUAUAUUUCUGACUCACUUGACUCGCCACCUCGCACCAGGGUCUCAAAUACCAUUGCUUCACAGCCUGCGAACACCUAUCGUAUCUGGACCGAACUUGCUCAUCCUGUGGUGUUUCUCGCAGAUGACCCUUGCGACUGGUGCAACAACUUUGCAUAUGGCAUCACUGGUCUCGGUCCUCGUAACCCAGAGGUUUGGACGGAUGGCAAAGGCAAGAUCGUUGAGCUCCAAGAUGGUCAUAUUGCCGAAGGAAAAGAACAGAGCCGGAUGUGUGUUUCCUGUACAUGGAAUCGAUGCAAAAUCAUCCAAUGCUCCCACGACACUCUCAACCUACUACUUGCGCCUUUUUCCCCGCAAGACGAAGUAAGAAAGGCUACUGCUUCAACACUUCUACAUAGAGCAAGUGAAGCACUGACUGACCCUCAGACUGGGGAGGCUGGUACAUUUUACCCAAGUCCCAUUUAUGAAUGGUGCAGCCUGUGUCGUGAGCCCGCAGUCGGGUGUUGCCAGGCGGUUCAGCCACUUGAUAUCUACGCAGAUGUGGUGGAAUGUGAUGAAGAAACCCGUGGGUGUGGACUGAUGCUCUGUGAAUACUGUCUCGAGCUCACCAAGCGAUUCAAGGGUGGCCUCAAUGCUGUCGUGGCAUGGGGUCGCAAUGACUCGUCUCAUCCUGUACACUACCGAGCCGAUAUGGAGUUCAUCCUCUCAGGGGCAGAACACAAUACACUCUACAAGAUGUACAUGCACCCUGGGUUUAGUUUCCGCUCCGGAAAAAAAAAAAUUACUUCGGAUUUUCUGCCAGUUGAAUUCGCUUCACAACCAAAUCCCCUUGUACUUCCACCAAAAGGAAGUAAGGGUGCUGCUUUGAUCCCGUCUUCUAUUUUCCCCUGGUUGCCCCGAGCUGCGACACGAGGUGCGCAGCUCAUCGCCACGACGUCUUCACCAAAGCGACGAAAAGUUUCCCCAGAGCCUCGCACCAGUCCAGGCCUUCGGGCUCGACGUCACGGCCGCUCCGAACCACCACACUCUCGCCACACAUCUUCCUCGUCUUCCCGCGGCCAGAGUUCGUCGUCGUCCCCGCCUCGCUACGUGCCUGCGCAUCUGCAGUUUCAGUCUGGAAGCCCGCCUGGCCGCUCGCUCACCCCCGCGACCGCGACCGCUGGACUCACCCUCUCCAGCGACCAUUCCGACAUGCCCUCCGAUACUCAAGAGGGUACACCUCCAACCCAUGGACGAUCCCCUUCUCCCGGCGAGAAGCGCCCGGCAUCCGAGAUUACCGACUCCGACCCUGAAGGAGGCGUGAGCACUGGCUUCAAUAACGCGCGCACAUACAUUAUUCCCCGCACAUGCGAUGACACAGAUAACGAAUCUACAUAUCCCACCACUUCGAACAAUGACAACACCGGGUCGGCAUCCUCGGCCGACGAGCUGUCCAGACCAGCAUCGCCCAAAUCAGGCGAUAUUCCUACGAUCGACGAGCAGGUGGCUGAGGUGAAUGCGCUGAUGAAGGCGCCGUUGAAAGAUGGACAAAAGGGCUUUGUGGUUUCAAUGGCUUGGCUGAAGAAGGUGCUUGCACGCACUACGGCGCAUGCAGAUCACACCGACGAAGAAUCAUUGGAGGGCGAUGUUGGUCCCGUUAACAAUUUGAACAUCAUGCUGGACACCGACCCGGCCACGCCCAGCUUCAAAGACGAAACUGGUGAAAUAUUUGUGCCCAUGCGCCCUGGUUUGCAUGACGCUCUGGAUUUCGCCAUAAUUCCGCAACAUGGCUGGGACCUGAUCCAGAAGUGGUAUGGCCUCGCCGACCAGUCACCUGUGAUCAUUCGCUAUGCCCACAACACCAACCCCCCGGUGAUACCGAAAAUAUCGAAUAUGAAACUUAUCCUCCGAUUUUCACCAUUUUCAAAUUGGCUAACCCCGCCGCGGCCAUCUGUGAAGAUCUUGGCCAGUCGCCAGACGAACUACCAGAAAUGGUUGAAGGAUGCCAAAGAGCAGAGUGGUAUCGAUAUGUCGACCAAGGUCCGAGUUUGGAAAAUUCUCCAGCUACCUCGUAGCACCACUGCAUCAGCCUCGGCAACUCCUGCUGCAUCCCGCAGUCAAUCGCCUGCUCCUCCAUUGGCUCUGAUCUCGAACCCCAACGACAAGCUUCUUUUCGAUUUGAAUGCUUUCCUCGAACUUCCAGAGGGAAGCCACCGAGUGUUGCUUGAUAAUGUGAAGGAUCAGACCCAAAAUGCAAACUACAACGGUCGUAUGACCUUGGAUAUGGCUGGUCUCGGCGUGGCGAAUUGUGUUAUUCUUGAGGAACAGGUUGGGAGCUCCAAAGGGGGAGAAUGGGUGUCUGAAGCCUCUGCCAAAACUCUCAAGAGUUUGGGUAUCCCUGUGGAGCAGCCGAAGAACGAUGCUAUUACCAAAGCAUCUGCCGCUAAAGUUGCACUGAAGAGCACCCAACCGCCGCAGCCCAGUGGCAAAUCUACUCCUUCCCAGGGACCCGAUCCAAUUAGGGGGCUCAUCUCUCGAGGUCGGAAGGGUCGACAGCUUAUCGUGGGAUUGCAAAACCUUGGCAACACUUGUUACAUGAACUCCGCGUUGCAAUGUGUACGAAGCAUUGAGGAGUUGUCUUAUUACUUCCUUAGUGGAAUGUACAAACCAGAGCUGAACCCUACCAACGUCCUUGGAUGCGGCGGUGUUAUUGCCAAGCAAUGGGCCAAUUUACUUCAGGACCUCUACAAAUCGGACCCUCAGCCGAGAUCUGUCAACCCUUAUAGGUUUCGUGCUGCCGCUGGUCGGCAACGUGAAGAUUUUGCUGGCUAUGAGCAGCAUGACAGUCAGGAAUUUGUGAUGUUUCUUCUUGAUGCACUGUCGGAAGAUCUAAGCCGCAUCGUUGGCAGCAAGCCAUCUACUGUCAUCCCUGAUUCCACCGAUGAGAUGAUCCACAAUCGCAAGGCUCUUGAGGAUUUCGGAAAGAAGUGUUGGGACCUUUACGAGGCCCGCAACGCCUCCAUUAUCACCGAUCUGUUUGCUGGAAUGUACAAGUCAACACUGAUUUGCCACAAUUGUGAAAAGACCAGCAUCAUCAUGGAUCCUUUCACAAUGGUCACUGUGCCCAUUCCAACGGGCCCGACGCUCAUCAAUCGAACGAUUAUCUUUUACCCUCUUGAUGGCCCACCCGUGUCUCUGAAAGUCCGACUUGAUGAAAAUGAUACUAUGAAAGUCUGGAAGGAGUUUGUCGCCCAAAAGAUGGGAAUUGAUGUGGAACGAAUCCUUGCAGCAGAGACAUUGCACCAUUCCUUCUGGCAAACGUUUUGUGACGAUGACGAUACUUUUGGCAGUCUACGCAUUUCUCAAGAAGAUACCAUCGUGUUCUUUGAUCUUGGUCCUCUUCCUGCAUCCACCAAUUCUUCCGACUCCCCCUCCAAUGAUGAUGCAGUCAUUGUACCCAUCUUCCACCGUAAACUUGUUCCACGCAAGAACAAAGAGGCCACUCCUGAACUUUUCGGAUUCCCAUCUUUCAUACGUCUUUCUAGUGAAGAAGCUUCAGAUCUUGAGGCCAUUUACCGCAAGCUCUUGGCCCAGGCUAAUAACAUGACUACACGCGACAUUCUGGCUGCUGAGGAAAACAGCAAUGACGACCAUACAACGGAUGACUCUGACACCGUUGUGACAAACGAGGAUGAUGCACGAUCAGCAGAUUCCCGAAUCAGAACAUCUUCUGUCGACGGCGAAGAUAGCAUCGUUGACAUUUCCAUGCAAACCGAGCAAGUGCUCAAGCCUGCAGAGGGCCCUGAUGAGUCGGAUUCUGACUCUGAAUCUGUCAAGUCCCCCCAGCACCCUCUUGCUGGAAAGAUUGCUGCCAGUUUGUUGUCACUUUUUGAUGCAAAAGUCAUGAGGACCAAUGCCACUCUACCCGAUGGACGCAAUAUUAACCCACUCAAAAAAUUCCCCCUCCUUUCCUCUCGCAUCCCAUCUCCUCCCGUUUCUACUAAGGAAUCCGAUACUUCAUCUCAAAGCUCCGCAGAUGAAAACAUCGAUGAUGACGCCGAUGCAGAUGAAUCAGAUCUCACACCAAACUCAGCACCAUCGCUCCUUCACCAAGGUGAUGCUAUCCUGCUUGACUGGAAUCCCGAUGCCGUGGAUUCCCUUUUCGGCGGCAAGCCACGUGACCCCGAGGAGCUUCGUGGUCGCCCUACCUACCUAAGCAUCAAGAAUGUAUUUGAUCACUCCAUGGUAGUAAGCCAGAAAAAGCCAAAGCAAUCGAAUAUCUCUCUCGACCAAUGUCUGGAUGAGUUCAGCAAAGAGGAAAUUCUUUCUCGGGCAGAUAGCUGGUUCUGUCCCCAGUGCAAGACACACGUUUCCGCCACCAAGAAGUUUGAGCUGUGGAGAACCCCGGAUAUUAUGGUCGUUCAACUCAAGCGGUUUAGCCAAUUCCGCGGCAGGCACGGACACAAGAUCAGCACUCUCAUCGACUUCCCCUUCGAGGGACUAGAUUUGAGCAGCCGAGUUGAAGGCCCCACGGAUGGAAAGAGUACGGUGUACGAUUUGAUUGCUGUGGACAACCAUAUGGGUGGAAUGGGUGGUGGCCACUACACUGCCUAUAUCAAGGACUUUGUGUCCGGCGCCUGGGUGUAUUGCAACGAUACCUCUGCUAAGACUGUCACCAAUAUGCAGUCCAUCAUCACGGCGGGUGCCUACCUCCUUUUCUACCGCCGUCGCUCUGACCGUGCAUUGGGCAACCAGGAGCUGCGGGAGCUGGUUGAGGGCUACCGGAACGACUCGCAGAGUGUUUCUGACAGUUCCUCCAGCUCUCGCAGCCCUAGUGGUUCCCAAUCACCUUCGGAGGACGCCGGUCGUGUCCUUGGCGGCGCAUCCCGCAAGGGAUCGUCUGCCUUGGCCGGAGCGGGGAUGGCACCCCGAGUGAGCCGGGGGCAAGACUCUCUUGGCAAUGACCUGUACUCUUCGGCCGAGGAAAGUACUUCAGGCUCGGAAGACGAGGGUAGCGAAGGUAAGAAAUUCGGCCUCGAGCACGAAAACGAGGGAUCGCAGGUCGACUCCUUCAGCAAGCUCACGGAACCCUCUUGGUCGUUCGACGCCGCUCACGACAUCUCACAGAUAUCUAGUGGUAACGCUGCCACCGAAGAUGGCGUCUUCGAGGAUCGAAGUCCAUGGGGUGAUGGCAUGGACAUCGACCCUCCGUUUCAGUUUGGCCUCACUUCUGGGGGUGAGGGGGAGGAUUCCUCCGAUGAUCUCCCAAUCGUGGAGCUGCGUGUGGGGUCCGAGGACAUGAUGUCCUCGGGCCCAUGA